UUUGCGCGCGAUGUACUCUACUGAAAGCUCACUGAAACGAAUAUAUUUGAAUUGACUCGUUUCAAAGUAGUAAAAGUUUUGGCACGCAAAACUUUCGAAGGUUCAACAGAAAUUGUCCACCAAGGACAAUUGAAAUAAAAAAGAAAAACAAUAUAUAUAAAUUAUAACUUUCGUCCGUGGAAGGAGUGCAGUAUCCUGCCGAUAAGAGACGUACACAAAUAUCAGCUGUUAACGAUAAUAAAAUUAUCGCUGCACAUGCGUUUCUCCCUCCCACUCGCGUCGUUUUGGGGGAAGGGGUGAUCAGCUGAGACCAUAACAGAAGUGUGGACGAGCCUCAGUCGGUAGUUACAGAUGAAGCUGUAGGCAGUCUUAAUGAAGUCGCAGUUGCAAGACAAUCCAUCAUCAUCAUCAACAACAGGACAUCCGAGAGCAACGUAACAUUGACGCGUGCAAUUGCCCAGUGUAGUGCGUGUGACAAUUAAUUUUGGAUUAUGGUGCCGCAACAAAACAUGGAUUCUUCAGGAAUGUUACCGAACAGCAAUAAUAACCAGCCACUAUUUGGAUCUCAAAAAAUUGACCUGAACAGUGCAACGCCUUACUCCGAUGCCACUCAGACGAAGAAGAACAAUCCUAAUCAUAUUAAGAGGCCGAUGAAUGCGUUCAUGGUGUGGUCUCAGAUCGAACGUCGAAAAAUCUGCGAGACUCAGCCGGACAUGCACAACGCGGAGAUUUCGAAGAAGCUCGGUGGACGUUGGAGGUCCCUGGACGAGGACGAGAGGUUGCCGUUCAAGCAGGAGGCGGAGAAGCUUAGGUUGCUGCACCAGAAAGAGUACCCAGAUUACAAGUACAGACCGAGAAAAAAAAGCAACAAAGUCAGCAGCACCAGCAGCAGCAGCAAGGUGGUGCAUGCGACGAAGAAGAUAAAGCCGAAGCCUCGCGGCAAGAGGAACGAUAGUAAUAACAAUCUGAAUACGACGGCUGUUGCAAGACAGGUCUUCGAGACGAUCGUGGAGAGCGUACCGAGGCGCGCGGCCGACGUCGACGUGACGAGCAAGCUCAAAGACAAGCUGAAAGGGGGACCGCAGAUGCAGAUGUUCCUGUCUUCCCCCAACUUCAUCACCGCCCACGCAAAGGUGCCGUCCAGUCCGUCCUGCGACACGCCAGACUCGCCGGAAAGUGCCUCCUUCUACGACGAUCAGCUGCUGAUGGACGUCAGUCGAGCGACGUUUCCGCCGUACGUCAAGGAGGAGCCGGAGGAAAAGCUGGACACGACGCUCGACGAUCUGGACGCCCUCACCGACCUCAUACAAGACGACUUCAGCUUCGAGGCCCUCGCCGACAUGGAUAAACACAUGGAGGUUGGUUCCGACGCGACGUCUCACCUGAACUUCUCGUGCACCCCAGACGUGUCCGAUCUCCUCUCCGGUGACUGGAACUCGCAGUCACUGUUCACCAAUUGAACGACCGCCGAGGAUCGUCACGCAAACCGAUAGACAUACUAGACAGCGUUGGUUAUACAACAAUUUCAAGUGCGUUAUUACGUCCACAUAAAUGUACUAAACCCAUGUUACCGUUGCGUAUCGAACUAGUACAGUUAUGACUCAGUCAGCUCAAUUCGUUGGUGUGGCUGCAUUUGCGUCAUUCACGUAAAUAUGAUCUCAUUUUAUGUUUUGUAUUUAACAACGUUUAUAGUGUUGCUAAGCGCAGUUAAUAUCAAAUACAUUUAUUAUUCAAAAAAAAGAAGGAAAGAGCAGAAAACGGAAACGAAACGACAGUUUACAACAAAAAAAAAACGUUCUAGUUAACCUUAGUUUAGGCAACAACAUUUAUUCAGCGCGAUGUUGUCGUUCGGUGAGAAUAUAAUUAAUUUGGAUUUUUUUUUCAUUGUAUUAAUAUUAAGUAUUCCCGAAUUCAACCAGUUGUUAGUGCCUAGUUCGGUUCGAUAUUGUGGACCCGAAAGACGAAAAAAAAGAAGUAAUAUUUUGGGUGUCCUAUUUCGACUCGUCUCACCUAGCCGCGACGGCGGGAUACAAUCAGGCUGUGAUUCAUCGUUUUGAUGACCAAUACUUUCAUUUUUCAAAAAAAAA